AUACUCCAUCCCAAAUAUUCCAUGGCCAAAUUCAAUUCCAGUGACUCUUGUGUCCCAAAACGGUAUGUAAAGUCAUUAUUUGAGCAUAACAAUAAAAAAUAAACACGAAUGUUUACUUAUUUAGAAGUAUUUUUACAUCCCACUCGAAUCUCAACAGCAUAAUACAGUGAAGGCACAGCAUCAGUGACGUGAAAUGGAAAAUGAAUGGUAAAUAAUGACUUGCGUAUGAAUAACCAUUGGAUGAAUUCUACAGAUGGACUCUCUUCAAUCAUUUACCUCACAAAAGGCGCCGACAUGCACGCACUAACACAAACACACACAUUAUCUCUGAAUUGUGCGAAGGGAAACCUCCCUAUAAAAGCUCCUCCUGAACGAUAAGUACAUGACAAACAGAAACUCAACGCGGAACUCAGCUGUCAGCUGCCAUGAACCUACAGCGCCUCUCCUCUCUGCUGCUCUGUGUCGCUUGCAGUGCAGUUUUCACUAUAAGAUCAGCAGCCGCUCACACAUCUGCGCUGGAUCAUGUGACCGUGAUGUCAUCAUCAGGGGAGGGGCUUCAGAGUGCCGUGGGUGAAGAUUUGGAAUCUGAUGAUGAUCAGGAUCCAUCAGGAAUGUUCAAUGAUCCAUCUUUGUUUAAAGCCCAAGUCAGCAGAGACGAGCAGAAUCAUAAGCGGUCCGGGCGUAAAAAGAGCAAAGGACGAAAAAAGAAUAAAAAUAUCACUCCUGUUCAGCCGAACCACACAUCCAGUCAGAGGACCCACAGCACCACCGCUGACCCCUGCCUGACCUCUCACGUGGACUACUGUAUCCAUGGCCACUGCACGUACCUCCACGGCCUGAGAGAGCCCGUCUGUGUAUGUAAGAGAGGUUAUGACGGAGAACGCUGUGGGAUCCAGCUCCUCGGGACGUCCCGGGACGAGAGCAGUACCGAAACGACCCACACCGCGCUCGUCAUCAUGGCUGUCGUCCUGUCAAUCAUCAGCUGUCUAGCUAUCCUGCUUAUGGUCUGCGUGCACUAUCGAACACAUCAUCGCUUUCAGGCAGCUUUCCUGAGCUCCACUAGCGAGAGAGAGAAACUAGAGAAGAAGAACAUUAUGGUGUGACGAGAAAGUACAUUUUUAAAUAAGUCAUACUGAUGUCACUGGUGUGGAUUGCACUACAGAUAUCUCGCACAUGCAUCUCAAUUCGUACACUUCUACACUAUGCCGUUUUGUAGUAUAAACAGUGCGAGUAGCGUGAAUGCACUGAAAAAAAAAAAAAAUCAAAAUGAACAAGUGGACUUCAAAUACCUGGAUGAAGCACUUAAUCAACCCCAAAAAACCGACGUGUGGGAUGUUGGACUCUCAACUGUCGAAGCUUUAAUAUGGGCAUCAGACUCAUAACCAUAUAAAAUCCAUACACUACUUGGUUGAGUACAUAGUGCAUGAGUACAGUGUAUAAGUGCACAGUGUGUCAUUUGGUACGCAACUAGAAUAACGUAAUAAACCCUAUUGUAACUUAUUGUUUUUACCUAUUUAUUAACGAAUAUAAUUUCCUUAGUGUUUGUGUAUAUUUUGAUAAUAAUGUUUAUUUGAUAUGCGAUAUUUAUGUACACAAAAUAAAGGACACUCUCAUAAGA